ACACACAUAGCCAAAGGGGAGGAACCGAACACCCUAACAUUAUUAUCAGAGAAAAAUCACAGAAAUAAAGCCCGACAGUUCCAGCAGAUUUAACAACUUUUUAAGCAGAAGAAAAUGUCGUUUAUACCUGGUCAGCCCGUCACAGCUGUCGUGCAACGAAUUGAGAUUCUCAAACUACGUGAUGGUGACAAUCUAAUAUUAGGAUUUAGCAUUGGAGGAGGAAUCGACCAAGAUCCAAGCCAGAAUCCAUUUUCUGAAGAUAAAGCAGACAAGGGAAUCUAUGUCACACGAGUAUCUGAAGGUGGACCUGCAGAAGUGGCUGGUCUCAGGGUGGGAGACAAAAUCAUGCAGGUGAAUGGCUGGGACAUGACCAUGGUGACGCAUGAUCAGGCACGAAAAAGGCUCACCAAGAAGAAAGAAGAUGUGGUCAGGCUGCUUAUCUCUAGAAAAUCCCUAGAGGAAGUAGUCAGACAGUCCAUGAUGCAACGCUAAUGCAAAUCCCAAACAAACUCAUUUGAGCUAAUUGAAUGUCCUUAUUGGUUAAUCACAUGUUCAAAGCAUGUUGGAACUAAUAAAAAAAACAGCCUCCCUCAGCCAAAGAGCGAAGCCAAGAACACUUCAUAUGGACUAUCAAGGACUUUCAGUCAAUCAGAAAAAUGUUUCGUAUCAAUUUGAUGUACUUAACUUUUAUUAUACAAGUAUUUGCGCGAAUGAUCAGUCACAGAGUACAUUGUAAAGACUGAUGGAUGCAUUUGCAAUGUGUUAUACUAAUUUCAAUGUAUGAAUACUUUAUACCUUUAUACCAAACGACUACACUGUCUGUACUGCAUAUACUCCUGGAUGUAUCAUGUACUCCAUAUCAUUUCAUUCAUUGGUUUCAAGGGCUACAGUGAAUUGUGUUCACCUCAUUUCUCUUUGCUUCAUUAACAUAUACACCUUUACUUCUCUUAAAGCCUGCUUAUUAUCAUUGUGUUAUAACAGGCAGAAUACGUCUGUACUUUAAUGACCACUAACUACUUUACUUUUCUUCGGUUUUUGUAACUUUGACAACUGUUUUUGUAAUUAAUUAACACUAUUGCCUUCAUCUAGAUUGGGCACAAGUGAGAACACUGCAAUUUUGUAUUACAUAGGCUUCUGUCAUAUUUCCUAUUGAUAAUGUUUUUGAUAACUGAUUUUUUGGCGUUUGAUUGUAUGCGGAUAUAUUUUCACAUCGAAUAAAGGAAUAUUCUAGCA